UCCAGGUUCCUGGCAACCAUCCAAACCCUCAAGUCCUUCUCCCAAACCCUAUCUUACUCCAUUUCUCGUCCCCAUUCUCUGCACCACACAAUCCUAGAUAGCUUUUCAUCCUCUGCGCCCGCCUUCAAUCUCAUCCUUGGGUUUCUCAGAAUCAGAAUAAAGCAGGCAGAUGAUAUAAUUUUUAUUCAUUUCGUGGUUCUCUUUUCUUCACAUCUCAAGACCCUCACCCUAACUUAUUCAUCCAAACCCUAGACUGAUUACUUUUUUUGUGGGUUCUCUCUGUUGGGCAUAAGUAUGGCUAUUGCUUAUCCUCAUUUUAUUGGGUCUGAGAAAUCUGCAAUGGAGACAGGGAUAAUAUUGUCUCCGUCUUCGCCAUCUCCGUCCCUGCCUCAUGUGAUUCUAACCCAAGAUGAGUUGAAGAAAAUCGCGGCGUACAAAGCUGUGGAGUACGUUGAGUCCGGUAUGGUUCUUGGUCUCGGAACCGGGUCGACGGCGAAGCACGCUGUGGACCGAAUAGGCGAGCUUUUGCGGCAAGGGAAGCUGAAGAACAUUGUGGGAAUACCCACGUCGAAGAAGACCCACGAACAAGCGGUGUCUUUGGGGAUUCCCUUGUCGGAUCUGGACUCGCAUCCGAUUUUGGAUCUUGCUAUCGACGGUGCGGAUGAGGUGGACCCGUAUCUGAAUUUGGUAAAGGGGCGGGGUGGUUCACUGCUGAGGGAGAAGAUGGUGGAGGGCGCUUGUAAGAAAUUUGUUGUGAUCGUUGAUGAGUCCAAAUUGGUCAACCAUUUAGGGGGUAGUGGGCUAGCCAUGCCGGUUGAGAUUGUGCCGUUUUGCUGGAAAUUUACUGCUCAAAGGUUGCAAAUGUUGUUCGAGGAAUCGGGUUGUGUUGCAAAGCUUAGGACAUACGAGAAUGGGGAUCCUUUUGUGACAGAUAACAGGAAUUAUAUCGUGGACUUAUAUUUCAAGAGAGAAAUAGGGGAUUUGAAGGUUGCCAGUGAUGCCAUUCUGCGGCUUGCUGGUGUUGUCGAGCAUGGGAUGUUUCUUGGCAUGGCAACAACUCUUAUUGUUGCAGGGGAGUGUGGUGUGGUGGUGAAGGAUAAGUAGGAGGACCAUGGAAGCCCUGGCAGUUAGUUUACUGAUCGAGUUUAACACUUUAUAUGCAGAACUAAUUAUAAUUUCUUCACAAAUGAAAUUGGGGAAAUUUUAUCUGCCAUUAUUGUAACAGGGGAGGUUUUUUGGUUUCCUAGCGAUCAAUUAAUACAAUUGCUGGGAAGUUUCUCCUAGAAUUUUUUAUAAGGUCCAAUCUGGUGAAUGAUAAACCUUUUGUAUUGGCAAUUAUCUUAUUCUCAUUUCAGUAUAAAUUGAAGGAUCAGUAUUCAGCUUCUGCGUUAGUUUUUUAUAUGUCUGUUCCUUAAGUCCAUGGGCUUGUUGUUGAUAACAUCAUGACCAUUUUGGUUUGCUUCACCUCCUGUCCCUGUUCAGAUACUCUAGUCUCAAGCAAUUUUUUUCUGGUUAUUUUUGUUAGUUGAAUAAGUCCUUAUUGGAUUGGAUAACCCAUUGUCAAUGUUUAGCCGUAGUAUAUAUUACUUUCCAUGGUAUCAUAAGGUAUUCCUUUCCCUGUAAAGAUAAUUUGGAACCCUUGGAUUCCUUCAAAGAUGAGUUUCUUCACUUAGGAGGCUUGUUGGGGGAAGGUUUUGACUUGGGAUCAGCUUCAAAAAAGAGGGUGGAUUUUGGCUGAUAGGCGUACUUUGUGCAAAGAGGAGUUAAGAGUCCGUAGAUCAUAUCCUUCUUCAUUGUGACAAGGCAAGAUUAUUAUGACAGCUGGUGUUCUCCAUUUUUGGUGUAUGGUGGGUUAUUUCUUGAGUCAGUUAGGGAAACCCUCCAAGGGUGGCAUGGGUCUUUUAUUGAGAAAAGGUGGAUUAAGGCUUGGAGAGCUGCUCCUACCUGCAUUUUCUGGACGAUAUGGAAGGAAAGAAACAUGAGAUUUUUUGAUAGUGAGGAAUUAUUUAAUCAAAGGCUAAAAAGUUUAUUCCUAAACAAUUUCUCUAUAGGGGUUAGGGUGUAUAUAGGUGGUGACUAUACGCAGUUGAUUGAUUUCAUAGAGUGGUUGGGUAUUGGAUGAGGGAGGGAGUAUUUUUUUGUACCAUCUUUUCUGCUUUUUGCUUGUUUUAUUUGUAUACAACCUGUAUACUCUUGCGUAUUUUUUGCACUUUUAUUUAUACAAUCUCUUACUUAUCAAAAAAAAGGUAGGUUAUCCCCGUGUAUUUGGAGUGCUUCCUAGACAGCAUAAGAGUCUUGUGUACAAUAGAUGUUCUACUCGUUGUAUAUCUUUAUAACUCUAUCGGUCAUGGUGGAAGCAUAUAUCUGAAAUGUAUUUAUAGGAUUAUCUUCACACCAUGGAAAGAUCUUGUGUUGUUUAUUUUUCUCUGGCAGCCCAAGGAUUUUUUGUAUUUCUUUGACUUUCUGUUGUGAUAUGAGUCAAGCUAUUUGUGCACUAACCUAUAGCAUAUAUAUAUUUAUAGGUAAGUAAGAGGUUGCAUUAGAAACACCUAGAGACGGCGAAAAAGCACACAUGAAGUAAACAAAUAAACGCCAAACAAACUAGGUAGCAAAGAGACAAGAAAGCCAUCUCCUUACUUAACAAACAACCAAUCUAUAAAGUCAAUCAUAGACAAAAUGUGAUCCUCUAUAUACACCUUAACCCAAUUCACAAAAUUAUACAAAAAGGAAUAUUUGAUAGCUUGGUCGGACUGUUCGACAUGAUUGAAUGCUCUCCCAUUCCUUUACUUCUAUAAAGUCCACAUUAAGCAUAAAGGUGCAGCCUUCCACGCCUUCUCCCUUCUUUUACCUACAAAGCUUCUGUGCCACCCAAGCAAGUUCCCCCUCAUGGAGGAAUGCAAAACCUUCAAACACAGACAACCAAUCCUUGACGUGUGAUGAGGUAGCCAAGCAUUCAAAUACACCUUGAAUCUCAAGUUCAAGGAUGAGGGUUACCAACCCCUAUCAUGAUUCUACAGUUAUUUUCUUCUGCAAGCUUUUACAUUUAUCUUACUUUUACCUUAGCCAUGUUUGACUGAAACAUUUGAGUAGAAUGUAGGAGUUACCAACCACCCUAUCAUGAUACUAGAGUUAUUUUCUUCAAGCUUUUACAUUCAUCUUACUUUACCUUAGCUGUGUUUGACUGAAAUAUUUGGGUAGAAUUUAGAAUUGUUCAUUGUUAAUGCAAUUCUUUGGAAGCCAAAAGGCCUGUUUUAUAUUGACUGAAAUAUUUGAGUAGAAUGGUUCAUUGUUUAUGCAAUUCUUUGGAAUCCAAACGCCUAUUUUAUAUUGACUGAAAUAUUUGGGUAGAUUGUAGAAUUGUUCAUUGUUUAUGCAUUUCUUUGGAGGCCAAAAGGCCUAGUUUAGAUCUUGGCUUCUAUUAAUCCAUUUGUUAUAUUCAUAUUACUUUUCCCUAUCAAAAAUAUUACUUUUCCCUUAGAUGUGUUUGACUGAAAUAUUUGAGGAGAAUGUAGAAUUGUUCGUUGUUUAUGCAAUUCUUUAGCUGCCUUGUUGGCUUCUAGUAGACCUAUUUGCUCUUUGGGUUUACUAAUUAGCUAAAUCAAAUUUAUUUUCUUGUUGGGAUUGGCUAUUUGAUCUAGGAGAUUUACACACAUAAAUAGAACACUGCCUUCUAAAGAAUUGUUCAUUGUUUAUGCAAUUCUUUAGAAUGUAGAAGACCUAAUUUAGCUGCCUUGUUGGCUCCUAGUAGCCCCUUUUUGUUCUUUGGGUUUACUAAUUAGCUAAAGCAAAGUUAUUUUCUUGUUGGGAUUGGCUAUCUGAUCUAGGAGAUUUACACACAUGAAUAGAACACUGGACAAUUUUAUAUUGAGUUUUAAUUGAUCUAAUAAUUUUCCAGAGCCAUGUUCUGGUUUUGUGAUAUGCAGAGCACAUAACUUGUUUUUUAUGAUAUGCCAGCUGCAUAUAACUCAUGAGGCAUAACUCAUAAUAUUUCAUGUUUCAUGAGUGUGGAUAAAAGUAUACCAUGCUGAACACCUACCAGGGUAGCCCAAUUGGUCAAGGCGAACAUUGAGAAGUGUGGUUCUAAUAAGUGACACAUGAUCCUGGUUUUGAAUCCUACUAUUGAUGAUACCUUGAAUUUACCCGGUGCUAGUUUUGCGGGGCAGUCAGCACCCCGAGGUUUAGGUCCCCAUGGAGAGUUCUAAGGGCCAUGGAAGAUUCCUCAAUUAGCAAAAAAAAAAAAAAAAGUACACCAUGCAGAAGGUUUUGAAGGUUGUUGAGGAUUUCUUUAUCAAGCACCAAAUACUUUGCCAACUGAAGUUCUUAUUACCAAGUUUGUUCUUCCUGUGAAAGUUUGCUCUCUUGGUGCACCUGGAAGACAGUCCUUAUAAGAGCAUUUAUUUGAAAUGAACUUCUUCUCCCUUGGGUUUCAUUAAGCUUGAGAUUGACCGGUUUUAUGGAGCCAACCCUGAAGGAGCAGGUGGGAGUUUUAAUAAAAUAUAUGAUACAUGAUUAGUGAUUGCUGAUUUUUCAUGUCUUUCAGGUUUCUGCUCUAUUGCAUAAUUGAGCUCUGCUAUCUCAAAGAAGUUGCUAAGGGAGCAUGGUGCUCUACAGUCUCAGAGAUUUCAUCCAACCAGUGUUCUCUUAUUCCUGUGUAUUGUGCAAGCUGCCUGUUGAAAUUCCAAUUUGAAUCUGUAGCUCCUAAUAUGCACAGAUUAUGGAUAGGGCCUGUAGUAGGCAGAUUAUUAUUCCUGGGAUGGAUGCCUUGGUUCUCCAACUUCAUGAAGAAGGUAUCCCUUCCAAGUUGAGUGGUGGCAGAAGUGAAACUGUUCCUAUGGCAUUGACCAUUCCAAAGACUAGGAACAAGAGUAAUGUUUGUCAUAUGCCCAAUUUUACACACUCUCUGUUCCAAUAUGACAAUCCCUAGUAAUGCACCGCCAUGUGUAUCAAAUGAUCCUCCACUUACACAAUUACAUAUCACAUGUGCCUUAUGUUGUAUAUUUGCAUUGAUACUCCUUGUAUUAGGUUGGAAGGAAUGCUUGGUAUGGGUGUUGAACCCCACUUUAGUGGAUGCUCCCUGUGGCGAAUGCAUCAUCUCCUACCAAUUGGGAAGAUAUUUUCUAAGUGAGAUAUCACUCUUUUGCCUCUUUAAACUCGCGGGGGUGGUCCCACAAGGUUGGUGAACCUAAACUCCCGUUGGUGAAUGUCAAUCUAAUCCUUCAUGUAAAGUUGGACUCGGUUUGCUCUCUAGUGAAGUGGUGUCAACCUAAUCUUUUGUGUAGAUGGUAUUGAUUUACAUCCCUCUCAUUUCAUGAGGGGCUAGGGCACAUUGUUCUAUUGUGUUUCACCCCAUGACCCCUCCACUUGGUCUCCACUCCUUUGAAGACGUCCUACUUAGGAAUGAUACCUUGAUGCUAGUAUAUCUACUUGAGUUUGGGAGGGUCCUAGAUGGACCUGUUGCACCUUGGUUGUGGGAUUGGCACCCUCCCAUCAUCAAGUUUUGGGGACAUGUUGAGGGUUUGGGUUUGGUGGAUUCUAUUGAAGGCUUUUAUUGAGGCAAGAUAGAUCGUACAUGUAUCAAACCUAUUUCAACUGGAUUCAAAGGAGGGUGGUAUGUUGCCGCUAAGGGAUCCACUGCCAUCAAAUUCCAUGUGUCACCAAGAGUAUACGAGGGUUGGUAGAAGAGCUUGUUGAUACCCGCAUGUGGAGGCCUCUGGUUGAUUGGGUUUCACCAAUGAAUGAAGUUGAACCUUGGGUCUAUAUGAAUGGUUCAAAGGUUCAUUUGUAAAGAAUACAGGGAAAAAAUUGACUAAGACUGCACUUGAUUUAGGUAGCGAAGAGCCCAUCUCCAAGGGGUCCUUUUGAAGUGCGCCUUAGUUCUCUAUCCCCAGUUAAGGACCACAGCCACUCGCUCCCUCCCACCUUCCUCCCAAUCAGCUUCACUCCCCUCUUGAGCCAUGACUUGUCACUGUCCUUGUUCUCCCAUCCAUUUAAGAACCCAUCAUCAACAAUGUUGAAGGGUAAAUGAUCAACCAACUUCAUGGCAAGAUAUUUUCCAUGUAAUCAGCCAUCAUAUAUUGAAUAUAUCCAUGAGAAAGGUUACUUAAAAAGGCCAGCUCGGGGGAUUAAAUAAUUAGAUUCUAGUCUUUUGCAUGAGGGUGAAAGUUCUAGAGUAAUCGCCUUUUCUUAAUAAUUAAUAUUUAAUAAAAAAAGCUGAGUAAGUUUAGUUUCUUGUUAUUGUAAUUGUCUUGAAAGUGGGUAGGCCAAAUGUAGAUGAAAAACAAGGGCCUUUGAAGGAUCUCUAUCCAAAUGUAACUUGAGAUAGAACAGGCAGGUGCAGCAUUAAGUGAAGCAUUGAUGUGGGUGAUUCCCCAAGUGUGUAGGAGCAAGGUUUUGUUGAGUUGCGUGCUGCUAUUUGUUUAUGGAUCAUGGAUGUUGUGUUGAUUGCUGCUAUACGUGUUCAUAGGUAUUGUACUGCAAUUCACCCUCAUCAUCAAUCAUCUUAUUUUCAGUGUCCAGCAGGAGCACUGGACCACAUCAUGAUUGGAGUGCGUUACUGCCUUCUUUUUCCUCAUCCUUAUAUUGUUGUGUCAAGUGAAAAGUGGAGAUUAAAUUUUUAAGAUGAUGCUCUGAUUAUAUAUAUAUAUAUAUAUAUAGACACACACAAGCACAUGCUUCCUGGCUUAAUCUUGUUCUAUAUAUACACAUACACAACCACAUGCUUCCUUGUUUAAUCUUGUUCUAGUGAAGUGGACAGCCUCGCUGAAGAAUGACCUCCCACAGCUUGCUGUUUUUGCUCUCUGCAAUUGGUUGGAUAAAGUGGACGUCCAAUGAACUAGUGUGCAUUUAAAUAAAAGACCAAAUGCUUUUGUUUUUGAAA